GAUAUCACGCAGUUGCGUAAUUUGACAAGCCAGCGCAAAAUAGGCAGAAUGAGCGUUUGACAGCUGGCUCCUUGCUCGCGUAGAUCCUUCCGAAAUAAAACAAUACAUAUGUUUCAUUCAUUUGUGAAAGAUUUCGGGUAGUUAAAGACAGCAUAUUUGCUUUUAUGGCCGCCGCCGUGAGGAAUAAUAAUGUUUGGGUCGCUCCGGGGCAGGACGCGCAGUUUCUCCACAGAACAGCGGACGGUCUGAGAGGUGAAGAUCAUGGACAAGUGCAGUGUAACACGAGGGAUGCCGUCCCGGGAACUUCCCCUUAUCAGGGUUAUAACAUGGGUAAACCUGAGAUGGACAACUACCUGCCUGCGCACCAACAGGACAUUGUAAAUUCUAAAAUGUUCUGCAAGGACAGCUCUCUGACACUAGAGCCCCAAUUCACUGAGGACUUCGCCUCCCCUUACAGCAUCAACAUGAGCCUGCUCCUUCCUGAUGUCACAUACCUGCACCCUGGUCUCUGCAGGACUAUGAGACAGAUCAAAACAGAGCCGUCACACUCCCUGAUGCACCCCGCCUGUCAGGGCAGCGGCGUGCCACCAGCACUCCAAGAGUACCCAGGUGUCUUUACUGUUGCUGACAGUACUAGCAGCAACUUUUUAAUCAAACAGGAAGUGCCAGAUUUCCAGGAUGUUCCCCUGUUUCAGCUCUUGAACUCUGACUUGGAGCAGAUCGUUCAUGGGUCUCAGUUGAACACCAUGGGGAUGGCGCCCUUAAGUCGUCCUAUUGGGAACGUCCAUGUAGGCCCUGCACACAAUUCUGCUAAAAACACAAGCAGCUCCCAGAGUUUUCCAUUUAAUCAUCAUGUUAGCCAUCAGCAGAGGCCAACCUACCUGCCACCUUCUCCACCAAGCUCUGAGCCCUCAAGUCCAGACAGGGGGAAGGAGCUGCUUCACAAUCUGUCCCCGCCUCCCUCCUAUGAAGCCAGCAUCGCCUCCAAGAUAACUUUUCAGAACCACAGUUCCAUCGAUCCAGGACAAACUUCUAACGCAACUCUAAUCCAAAGCCAAGACCAGAAUUGUAAUGUGGGAUUAGUCCAAAGCCCAGGUCCUGUAACAGUCCAGCAUUCAACCCUGACACCAGAUCAGACCACGCCAGCUGUUGGCCCACUGUCCCCCGUGUUGGCCCAGUCAGCUCCAGGAAAAUUCAACCGAAGGAAUAAUCCUGAUCUGGAGAGGAGGAGGAUACACCACUGUAAUGUCCCAGGUUGCAAGAAGGUCUACACCAAGUCUUCUCAUUUGAAAGCCCAUCUAAGGACUCACACAGGAGAGAAGCCGUACCAAUGCUCCUGGGAGGGCUGUGAGUGGCGUUUUGCCCGAUCUGACGAGCUGACUCGCCAUUUCAGGAAACACACCGGAGCGAAGCCUUUCCAGUGCAGCGUGUGUAACCGCUGUUUCUCCCGCUCUGAUCACCUGGCCCUACACAUGAAGAGACACCAGAGCUAGAAACCCUCUGCUGCAAAACAAGCCAAUCUUUUAUUUUUUAUUUUGUUUAAGUAAACAUGGACAUUGAAUCAGCACUGAAAUAUCAGCAGACAUAAUAUAUUUUAAAACUGUGUAGACAGUCUGAGCAGUGCUGGCCUACAAGUAGUUGUUUCUUUUAUUGUGAAAGGAUUAAAAAACGACUGUUGCCUUAUUUAUUUCCACCCUUAUAUUGAGGGACAUUUGCAAAGAUGUCAUUUGCCAAAAGUAAUAAUACAAUAGUACUUAAACCUUUUAAGCCUUUAAUUUUCUUUCAAUCAGUACACAACAAACUCCAAAUAUCAUGAUUACUGUGUUCCAUUGUAUAAACCUUAAUGUGCAUAGUAUGAGCAUUUAUGAAAUUCAAGUAAAACGCAAACUGCCAUCCUGUAAGUGCAGAUAUAGUAUCAAUAUUAACUGGAAGGUCAGAGAAUGUGACUUUUGAGGGGUAGAGUGAGUUUGUGUGUUAUAUAGAAAGUAACAGCAGUUAGUCAGAGAUCUAUGUUAAUACGUUGUGGGUUUAUUUGGACAGAGCAGCUGGCUAGCUGUGUGUAUAGUGUUAAUCGGGGACUUCUACACUGCCAGAUUGAUGGGUUCCUUUACUGAGGAUUACUUUAUUGUGAUUCCCUCUUUUUUUUACUCAAACAUUAAACAAAAGGAAGAUUAUGAUUUAGAGAUUUGAAACAUGAUUAUUUGGACGGCACUUUAAAUGUUCUACAUCUGUGACUGCCCCUCUACUGUUUCAUAGAUGUGGUCAUUGCAGAAAGUGUUGAAUGUUUUUCAUGCAGGUGCAAAUAUAGAUCCAAAUGGUGCAUUUUUUUCAGGAUGAAAAUAUUUUUAUUAAAUUAUGAACUAUAUUUUAUUUAUUUUAAAUCAGUGAGGUUUUGUUGAUGUAAACCAUAGUCAAAAAGCAAUAUCUUAUUUUGCACUUGGGACGGUGUGGGGGAAAAAAAAGUGAAAAUUUUACAACAACUUUGUGUACAUGACAUUUUAUGGGCAGGUUAUUUUUCUGUCUUCUUGGAACUUGUUGUGAUAUUGUACACAUUCAGACUCGUUCCUUCAAACUUUGUUUGAGUUGAAAAUAAUGUUUCCAAACAUUAAACACCUUUUUAACGGGAUUACAGCAUCAUAUUACUGAAUAUUUGUCUUUGUAAGUGGUUUCAAAGUGACGCCUGUGAGAUUUUUUCUUUUUUUUUUUUUUAGACUGAGCACCUGCCAGUCGGAACAUCUGUGGAAGCUUUCGGGUUUCUUUGACCACUAUCCAAACACCUUUUGAAGUGCCUUAAACUGCUUUCUUUGAUUAAUGAAAAAACCACAUUCUUUUAUCAGGUACUCCACUCUGCCAAAACGCUUCUGUAUCUUGGCUACCCCUCUUCUUUUUCACAAUAGAGCAAUCUCUUUAUUUAUGACCAUGUUUCCUUCAGGUUGAAUUAAAUAGAUUUUUAGAGUCUCUAAUUUGUUACGAUGUAUAUAUUUUGUAUCUGAUUUUUAAGGAUACAUCCGUUGGUUGUUUUUUUUUUAGGUGUCUUUUUAUUUUGAUUUGUCUAAGUUUAGUAUAUUGUAACAGUCCACAUGUCAUCUUUGUAGCCAAGAUAGCAGCUCAUUGGACACGUUCUCAUGUAUUACUGCAAUACUUCAAAAAAAAAUAUGUCUGUACAAACACACGAUAUUUUGACAUGAAAGGAAAUAUUUUGUGCCGUAGCUUCAGACCAUAAAAAUGUAGCCUAAAUUGAUCAAAUGUGCUUUGAAGCCAUGUUAUCCACAAAUAAAAUUUCGUCUUGAAUAUC